AUGACUGCCGCGUGUACAGAUGAGACACUAUUGUGUCAACAAAUAAUCACUACUAGUUCAAACAACUCGACAUUUUUUGAAGUCCAAAAAAAUGAUUUAGAUAAAAAAUUGUUUACAGACAAUAGCAACAGUGAUAGUAAUAAUACAAGAAAAAGCUUAGCUAAUGGUGAAGAUAAAAUAGAAAGAGCGACUGUGGAUGUAGAUGUGGAGCCUUGUACGAGACAACUGGAUAUAUAUCUGGAAUCUCGUGGAAUCCGGACGUGGGACGAGCAUGAGUACACGUGCAUCGGAGAAGCCGCGUCGUCGAGCAGCCUAGAGAGCACAAGCCACGAGUUAAUAAGCGAGGGAAACUCAUCCGGAUACAAUUCAUCCGGUAUUGACGAUAAAAGUAAACGCGACUCUGAUUCUAUUUCAACUUCUAGCAGAAGCGACUCCGGAGAAAUGAAUUGCGUCGCUUCUUUGAUCACCAACUCGAUAAAGGACAUUGAAAAUUCGGUCAAUAAAGUUACUCUGAAUGACAUUGAGCUGAAGAAAGAUAAAGUUAAACGUAAGAUAAUAAAUGUGAGUAAAAAAUGUGCGAGGAAAGAAAUAGACCACGAGGGAAUUGAAAUGUUUCACGAGGCUGUCAGGAUUGGAGAUGCUUCUAAAGUUGAAGAGCUGGUGACAUAUGGUCUUAUUGAUGAUCUUGAUGAACCUGAUUGGAAUGUUUCUGGUGAUCCGCCGCUUCUUGUCGCUGCUAGUAAUCAUUCUUUGCCGGUCUUGGGCAUAUUGUUGGCAAGCGGGUGCGAUGCAGGCGCACGUUCGCCUCGAGGAGAAACUGCGCUACAUCGAGCUAUUCUUAAUGGAGGACCUGGUAAUGUUAAAGAGUUUGUUAAAGAAUUGCUGGAGAAUGGAUGCUCGCCGAGUGUUAAAGAAGCUGGAGGUGGUUUGACAGCACUCCACAUUCUUGCACGACAGCUAGCACACAUGCAGCCGUCAAGAAGUCUUCACUAUAACUUUGAAGAAGCUCUAGAGACACUUUCGAUUCUUGCUAAAGCCGGCGCGGUCAAUGAUAAAGAUCAUCAAGGACGCAGUGCGCUACAUAUUUUAGCUUCAUCGACAAUACUUGAUAGUAACAAUAAAAAAGAAAUAGAAUUAUUGAUAAAAAUAUUACUAGAAGCAGGAGCUGAUCCGACUUUAAAAAAUGAUCGUGGUGAAACAGCGCUCCAUGAAUCAUUAGAAUACGGUGCUUUGAAUACUGCUGAUAUAUUAAUGCCCCACACACCGACUGGAAUAAUAUCACGGUAUGGUGAAACGCCUCUCCAUAUCGCCGCGAGAAAAAAUCAUACUGAAGUGGUGGGUAAAUUGCUUAAAAAUGGCGAAGAUCCAAGUAUACAAGAUGCUGGUGGUAAUACUUGUUUGCAUCUGGCUUCGGCUCGAGGUUUCCAUCAAAUAGUAUCAUUAAUAGUGACCUCGCCGCUAGCACAACUUGAAAAAGUUAACGAUGAAGGUCUUACCGCCCUCCAAGUAGCUGCAGAAAGCGGUUUUGUUAAUGCUGUUAAAAUAUUGCUCAAAGCCGGUGCAAAUCCGGCUCUAAUUACUAGUAAUUGUUCAGUACUACGUCGUCAUCCUGAUAUUUCGAUAAUUAUCAACCACGAAUUGACAAAACGUCGUCAACUUGCUACUUAA